AUGAGAGUUCUUGAGAAGGAUACCGACAGAAAGGCCCAGGUCAAUAUCUAUGUCAAGGGUCAGGUUCAGGCUCUCGAGGAAUAUGGAGAGUACGUGGACCCGAGAGACAACGCAAUUUGCUGCUAUGUACCCAUCGAUGAGGGCCAUCAGCCUAAAGUGGGCGGCAGGUUCUCCGGCAAGACUUUGGCUGUAGCCCAUGACACGUUUGUAGACGGUAUACUCCGUAAAGCCGGCUCGCAUGUGGCUAAGUCAGUGAUCCUACACAACAGGAAAGUCGACACCGAAACCUUUCUUUACAAGACCACAAAAGGCAUCAUCGAUACCGCCAUUACGGUAGUUCCACUCGAGCAUGCUGUUACGAUCCAAGACGACGCCCCAGAAACCAUCGGAACCAUGGAGCUGCGACUGUACAUCACCCGCCAACUGGGAGACUGGCACGAAAUUGGCAAAGUAAAGAAGUACUACGCCCACGGAAGUGAUGUAAAAGACAGGGAUACGGGCGGUAUCGAGCAGAAAGUAGGCUACAACCGCAUAGCUCCCAUUUUCAGGAUGAACUUCGAGAAGGACACUACUCCACUGGAGGAUAAUCAACCGAAAAUCUACCAGCGUAGGGCGGAUGCGAGACGCCCAGACGACAUUCUCGACCGCGACAUGGUCAUGACUUUCGACCCUGACGACAAAGAUAUAGGCGAAGCGCAUACUCUAGUGCUGGAACCUCUUCCUCCUCUGACCAUAGGCGCAAAGCCCCCAUCGAAAAACGACGGAGAUGCCUCGUCGCGAUCCGAAUCGCCAAUGCCUUCCACGACGCCAGCGAAAAGCGCACAGACAGCCCCAAAGAUCUCCAGCCCCAUUCAGAAGAAAUCUGGACCCAAACCAAAGACCCCUGAAGGCACCAUGAGCUCAGAAACCCAGAACAAGACCCUUGCACUUUCCGAACAACCGACCGCGGCGCCCAAUCAGGCACUUGCCAAUGGAGAUACUGAUAACAUCACAUCUACCUCUAUUUCCGAUAGCGGUGGUGAGAAAGUUACAGAAAAGAUCGCCGCUGCGCCUUCUGUACCGGUAGCCGACAUGAUCGCAAAAGUAUCCAGUCUUCCAGAAUCAAGCACUAAGCCGGCAAACGCGCACGCAGAGAAGUCCGUAUCCGUAGCCAAGGCGACUACCAAGCAGCCUCCGCAAACGCCCAUCACUCCAGCAAAUAAGGCGACCGCGAAAUCAGCACCUGUCACUACCAACAUUACCAACGGUCAGAAGAAGUCAGAUACGCCCCCAGUGGCAGUCGUACCAGUCAAACGUUCAUCUACCACCGCCAAUGGUAUGACACCGGAGCCAAAGCGUGCGAAGUCCGUACCUACGCCCGUGCCGACGUCUUUGCCACCCUCUACCUUGCCUACAGCUCCGCGCUCAUCAACACCCAAGACGCUUUCCAUCGAGCGCCAGCUGGCAGAUCAGCGUAAAAAGCUCGAUGAUAUGCGCAAGAGGCGUGCGGAGACCGCCAAGAAGCAGGCUGAAAUCGAUGAACAGAUGGGCCCCUACAAGCAGCGAAUGGCCGAGGAGCUGGAUCGUCUCAACAGAGAGAUGCUGGAAGAGGAAAGCGCUUACACCGAGGAGGCUGAGCACUACAGCACUAGCGUUGAGGUUCUGCAGGAGUUCAAGAAGGCUGACGAUGGCAAUUAA